AUGAUCCAGGCUGAAAAGCAAUCGAUCGAUGAGCAACGAUUGAAAUUAGAACAAGAAUUGGAUCAAUAUGCAUCUAAUCUUGUCCAUCUACGCACAUCCUAUGCAGAAUUGAAACCGAAAGUUGAAAGUUAUCGUGCAACAUGUAAAGAUACAUUCCAACAGUAUAUGACAUUGACUAACGAUUGGUCUCUUGCGAAGAAACAAACAAAUGAAUUGAAAAUCAGAGUGCAAAUGACGAAGAAUCAAAUUAAAUAUUUCAAGAAUUUUUAUUCAUAUGAACUAAACAAAUGCGAUUUAUUUUCAAUGGAUAUGUCUGAUUUUGCGAAAUUCUGGAAGCUUGAAUGGGAACAAAUUGUUGAGAAAAUACGUCAUGAUUUCAAACUAUUAUAUGAAGCAAUUCGUCAAGAAACAAUCAGUUUUUAUGAAGAGAAAAGCAAAGAAGUACAAAUCGAAUUAGAACAAAUAACACAAUAUCAACAAGUUAAGCAGGAAAAAUAUAUAAAGAUUCAGCAGAAACUCCAGAGUGAAUAUGAAGAAGUACAGAAGAAACUUACCUAUGAAAAAGAAAUUCUAUUGAAAUCGGAAGCAAUAUACUCUAAAUUAGAAUCCGAAUUGAAAACCAUUCAAAUCCAAGAUGAAGAACGAUUCGAAGCACAGUCGAAUGAUUUAUAUGGUUUACAGGAAAGUAUCGUGGCAAUGGUGAGUAGUGUCGAAGAAAUACGACGAAGAAAAGUCUACUUAGAAAGCGAAAUUAUUAUUUAUCGUCAUCUAUUGAUCAAAUGUGGAAUAGUGAAACAGAUUGAGAUGCCCUCUUCUUCGGUAGUUUCAAUUACAAAGAAAAGAAAAUUCAUUAUAGAAAGUCAAUGUCGCGGAUCGAUUAAUAUCGAAUGUCCUCUCGAUAGCACAUACAUUCGUCUGAUGAAUCAAUCGGCUAGUGCAGUUAUCGAUAUUUCGAGAUGGCUACUGAAACGGCGUGUUGAUUCAAAGAUGGUACUUCAGUAUACACUACCCAAUGGGGUUCGACUUCUGCCAGGUAGUGAAUUAAGAGUCUAUUCGAAAUUAGGCGGUGCAGUUGCUCAAAAAUCGUCGGAUCAAAGUGCUUUUUCGUCAUCCCUACACCAGCAAAUUAUUCUUAACGAUGUAUUUUCAAUGGGUAUUGGUGACAAGAUCGAAACACAGCUUCUUGAUGAAAAGGGCGAAGAGAAAGCAUCAUGCAUACAGUCGGCGACAAAUGAUUGGAUAGUAUGUGAUUGA